AGUUGCCUAAUAAAACCCCCCAAAUUAAAUUGUGACUGAGAUGCAGCAGUUUUCUUGAAUAUCUAAACAACUCAUAUUCAGUCUAGAAAUUAACGAUUACCUCCCAAUCAAAAUCUGGGACUAGCAUCACCAUGCAAAUGUGGUUUACUACUUCACGGGAUAUUUCACAUAUUUUGUUCAAAGAUUGGAGUGUGUCAAGUGUUGGAGGUUUGGUUGGAUCAUGCAUAAUCAUAAUUGUAAUUGCUGUUUUCUUUGAGAGUCUUAAGUCUUAUAAAGGCCUAUCAAACAAGAAACCAGAAAAGAAAACUUCUGAAUCUAUGCCUCUCUUAGGACACCUACAUACCAAUGAAAGCAGUUUUAUUGUUAGGUUCAAUUUGAUGGAUCACCUCAGGAGGACUUUUCUGUAUUUAGUACAAUUUCUUGUUGGAUAUUUCCUUAUGCUGGUGGCUAUGACAUACAAUGUUUGGUUGUUUCUAGCUGUUGUCAUUGGUUGUGGCAUUGGUUAUUUUUUGGCAACCCCUUUCAUGGAGUGUUAUUUUGAUGGAAAGAGGAAAGCUGCCAGUCAAACAUUAGACAGCUAUGGAAGGGUCUCCUCUUUUGGGGAUCCUGGUUCCUUAUGAAGAAAAAUGAUUAAUUGAAAGGGUCAGUCAACAGUGUACUGACUAGUACAGGAAGUGUCUGCUUGGAAUUCUCUGAUUAUUGAUAAUGGUAAUAGGACCGCUGAGUGGAGUCCAACUCAGUCUGUAAUCAUACAAGUGAUUAACAAAAUCAGACAACUGGAAAUGGGAGUCUGUUUUUUUUAAUCACAAGUAUGAUUACAGACAGAAUUGGUCCUGUCAAUUAAUCAAAACUAUAACAAAAUUUGAGAAAGAAAGUAAACAUCAUUUAUACAUUUUCUUAAAAAAAAAAAAACAUAAACAAUUAACUUGGAAAUUGUGAGACAACAGCGCACACGCAUAAUGUGUUUUGUCCACUAACACAGCAUGACUUGUUAACUGUCCCUGUAACUAUCCUAUUACACUGUCCAAUUACAAGCAUGACAUGUACCCUGUCUUAUUAGUGCUCAAAUUGGGCUGGUGAUGACCAACCACAUUUCAAGAAUUUUGUUAUAGUUUUGAUUAGAAUGAUGAUAGCUUUUCAGUUUAGAGACAUCAGUAAUGGAUUUCUAAGGUAAUCAGAAGCACAAUGAAAGAGGUAUUGCCUUCACAA